AUGACUGCCACCGUUGGAAGCCUUGGAACGCUUUUCUCUUACAUUCAGCCGCGUGUUGUUGACGUUCCCCUAAAUAUGGCUCCAAGGCAUGAUAGGACCCCUUCCCUCACGGGAAACAACACAUCAGCUACACGCCUACGGUACAGUGGGUCAUCGUCUACGACUUGUUACAACGAGAGUCUUAGGCAGCUUGACAUUUUGUCACGCAAUUAUACUAGCGUCAGAGAAGACUCGAAAAAGAGAAAACCAAGUCAAAGCACUAAGCUCAAGAAAGUCUCCUUCAAUCUUAAAAACGCUUUGAGAAGUGGCCAGGUCGCCCUUAGCGAUAGCGAAGACAUUGAACACGAAGCAAUUAUGUGGAAACUGAAGCGCAUGGAAGUUCAAGCUCAGGCUAGAGAAGUGAAACGCAAACUUCAUAAACAAAACCAAGAAAUUCGUCAGAAACGACGAGAGUUGCAGCAUCUAAAGACUAUCGAAAAGCAGUUACUUCAAUGGUUAGAAACUUGUGAUGAUAAUUGUGAAGAAAUACCACAAGAAAAGCAAGUUACAGCAUUCGAUUCCUUGAUAGCGGUAAGUUUACGAACGUUGGAUGAUGACUAA